AUGAAGUACAUAUUAGUUAUAUCCCCGUCUUGGACCACGUACAAACCUCAGACCCAGCUGGCCAACCAAAGAUGUGUAGUUCUAAAUACCACAGCGGAGGACGAGUGGAGGGUGACUCCAGAAAUAGUCGAAAAGGCGAUGGAGGAUAAAACACUGUCCAAAUAUAAAUUGCUGAUACUGUGCAAUCCAGACAACCCAACUGGAACACAUUACACUGAAGAGCAACUGGUUGAACUCACGAAAGUAUUUCGGAAACACAAUAUCCUUGUUUUGAGUGAUGAAAUUUAUGGCAGGUUGUGUUUUAAUCACAAACAUGUCUGCAUGUCAAAGGUUUACCCAGAGGGCGCUGUAUUAAGUACUGGACUUUCAAAGUGUGCCAGCGUAGGCGGGUGGAGAGUUGGUUACCAUGUAUUUCCUGAUGAACUUAAAACACUGAAGGAUGCUGUAGAAUGUGUCGGGAGCAACACUAACUCUUGUGCCUGUACACCAGUCCAAUAUGCCUUAGCUAAAAUGCUCAACUGUGAAGAAAAGUUUGACCAGUAUUUAAAACAUACAACUCGAAUCAUGGCGAAUGCAGGUGAUUACGCUUACAGAGAACUAACAGCUGCCGGUGUUGAAGCUGUGAAGCCCUAUGGAGGUUACUAUUUAUUCCCAGACUUUGGUAUUCUGAAACCAGCUUUAGCAAAACGCGGGAUCACCACUGGGAACCAGAUGUGUGAAGCUAUGUUCAAGGAGAAAUCUAUUGUAUUAAUGGCUGGUGGUCCAGCAUUUCUUCGUCCAGAGAGUGAGCUGACCACAAGGCUAUGUUACGUCAACUUUGAUGGGAAGAAGGCCUUACAGAAAAGUCGUGAAAUCGGUUUAGAUAAACCUCUGCCUGAAGACUUUAUUAAAAAACACUGCAGUCCUCUAUACGAUGGUAUACAGGCCAUUGUGUCUUGGGUAUUGGAGCAGAAAGAGGACUGAAGGGUCUUAAGCAGCAACAACAACAACAAUAACAACAACAGCAACAACAACAGCAACACCAACGACAACCUCAGGCAAUAAGGACGGUAACGAGGGAAAUGACAAUCUAUUUAUUAAUCCUAUAACCUACCCUACUUCUACACCUCCCCCAUAAGAUAUAUAUGUAUA